AUGACACUCUUAUCCUGCUACGAUCCGAAUCUACUACAAGUACACUACGGUUUGACACAACUACGAGACCAAUCUAUGAUCGGUGGCACUAUCCUCGAGGGAGUCAGGUAUCUACAAUGCAACGUCGCUCUUGUCGGAUAUAUUGUUACAACGAUACUCGAGGACCGACAUGGCAUCGAUCAUCACGACACCACUAUCGAGGAUGUCGGAUUCUUCCAGUGCGUUGUCGGCAACAUCGUUACCACUUAUUAUUACGGCAUCUCUACCUCAUUCAUCCUCAUUCUUCGAAACACGUAUCCUCAACAGUUGGAGAUGCAGAAGGUGCGCGAGCAGCAGAUGGCGCAACAACGGGCAGCGCAACAGGCGCUAUCGCUGCGCUGA